AGAACCAGCCGUCCAACCAAAACAAACCCCCUUCUUCGCGAAAAGAAAAGAAAAAAAAAAGGUUACUCGCGACUUGCCGAACGCCCAAACCCGAUCCGAUCCCCAAAAUUCCCCACACCCAUGGCGGCGAGCUUGUGGCGGGCGGUGAUGGGCACCGGCGCGGCGUCCGCGGACGCCGAUUCAGCGGGCGGCGGCGUGGAGUUCUGGCGUGUUCCGGAGCGCGUGGGUUGGCUGACCAAGCAGGGCGAGUACAUCAAGACGUGGCGGCGGCGGUGGUUCGUGCUCAAGCAAGGGAGGCUCUUCUGGUUCAAGGACUCGACCGUCACGCGCGCCUCCGUGCCCCGCGGCGUCAUCCCCGUCGCCUCCUGCCUCACCGUCAAGGGCGCCGAGGACGUGCUCAACCGGCCCUACGCCUUCGAGCUCUCCACCCCGCGCGAGACCAUGUACUUCAUCGCGGACACCGAGAAGGAGAAGGAGGAGUGGAUCAACUACAUAGGCCGCUCCAUCGUACAGCACUCCCGCUCCGUCACCGACGCUGAGGUCGUCGACUACGACAGCCGCCCUGGCGAGAAGUGAUCGAUUUAUUCGAUUUUUGAUUGUUGGAUUGAGACACAAUAUGCUUUGGACAGCAUGGUCUGAGGUAAAUACUGUCGACCAUUGUUUUCUAUAUACUGAAUUAUGGAAUUAUAAAAGUAUCUCUUAUGAAAUUAUAAAAGUAUCUUUUAAGACAAUUACGGAAUGGCUUCUGUUUUCCAAAGUACAUAUUUUAAAGGUUGUUGAUAAAGUUUCAGAAAGAAAAUAUUUUAAAUGGUCUGCAGUCGGUUCAGGAAUGCAAUACAAGUAUGGCAGCUAGGUUAUUUUAUAGGUUAAGUUUAUUGUCCAAGCAUAAUUAUGACGACCCUUUUUAUGAAGGUCAACGUGCAUUCUGUUAAUUUAUAUAAAAUUUUCACAUUAUGGAAAUUUAUGUUCUCCUGUGCUUCA